CAUCCUUAAGUUGGGACAUGCGUGCCAUCGUUGAAUGUUAGGGGGUCACAACAUGGCGUCGAUUAUUACCCGUCAAAUUCUCUUCGACAGGCUUCUAAGCUCCAAAUUAUCACUUUGCAAAAGGGCAAUAUCUUUAUCGAACAUUCUUUUUCAAAAGCCUCCAGCGCCGGGACAGAAAAAGGUAUAUUUGCGAGAAAAACCACACUUGAACAUCGGUACCAUCGGGCACGUGGACCACGGAAAGACGACAUUGACAGCCGCGAUCACCAGAGUCCUUUCGCAAAAAAAGGGCGCAAAGUUCCUUAAAUAUGAUGACAUAGACCGAGCACCCGAGGAAAGAAAGCGAGGGAUUACCAUCAACACCGCUACAGUGGAAUAUAAUACGGAAAAACGCCAUUAUGGUCACAUCGAUUGUCCGGGCCACGCCGAUUACAUAAAAAACAUGAUCACAGGAACCGCCCAGAUGGAUAGCUGUAUUUUGGUGGUAGCAGCUACAGAUGGAACUAUGCCGCAGACGAGAGAACAUCUUCUGCUUGCUAAACAGAUCGGUAUAGACAAGCUCGUAGUGUUUAUAAACAAGGCUGAUGCAGCUGAUGCUGAAAUGAUUGAAUUAGUGGAGAUGGAAAUAAGAGAAACGCUUACUGAGUUCGGCUUUGAUGGGGAAAACACUCCUGUUAUAAUUGGAUCUGCCUUGCAGGCUCUUGACGGGGUCAACGAUGAACUUGGGGCUAAUAAAGUCCGGGAACUACUUGAUGCUGUUGAUAGUUAUCUCCCUGACAUGAUACGUGACCUUGACAAAGAUUUCCUUAUGCCUGUUGAGAGUGUAUUCACCAUUUCUGGGCGUGGAACAGUUGUGUCCGGGCAGGUUGUGCGUGGUAUUGUGAACAAAGGAGAUGAUGUAGAGCUGAAGGGUCAUGGUUUCAAUUUAAAAACCACACUUACUGGAAUCGAGAUGUUUAAUAAAAGUCUCGGGAGAGCUGAAGCUGGAGAUCAGCUUGGAGCACUUCUGCGUGGUCUGAAAAAGGAAGAAGCAAGAAAAGGAAUGACGCUCAGUAAACCGGGAAGCAUUGUGUCAGGAAAUAAUAUUCAGGCAAAAGUUUACCUGUUAAACCGUGAGGAAGGUGGAAGGAAGAACCCCUUUAUAGAUGGCACCCAAGCCCAGAUGUACAGUACAACUUGGCGAUGUCCAUUUUUCUUUCAAUUGGAUGAAAACAAGCCCAUCUUGAUGCCAGGAGAAGAUGCCACUGUUGAUAUAUAUCUACUGAAGAACAUGUGUGUGGAUGCUGGGCAGCGUUUCACUAUCCGGGAUGCCAACACCACAACAGGGUAUGGUGUCAUCACCAAAGUCUAUCCUGAUGUAGACAUGGAAGGCUUUCUAGCAAAAAGAAAGAAAGAAAAAUCAGCAAAGAAAAAGGCAGAAAAAAAGGCUGAAGGGACAUAACUAUGAGAACAAAAGAUUUAAUGUCGGUCGACUCGGACUUGAUCGUCAAGACAUUGCUUUGGAAACCAUUUUUGAAGGAAAGAAAGUGUUAGAUUAAUUUUUAUAUUACAGCUAAAACUGUUCUAAUGAAACUGUAUGGUCGUUUCAUUUGCUCAUCAGAUCCAAUGAAGGUCUUUAUGAAAUUUUAUUUGACUAUUCGGUCGUUGAGCAGGAUUAUGUAUUUUUGUGAAGAAAGUCUGCACAUCAGGUGUUCUUGUGCAUAUAUGCUAUAGUGCUACAAAAUAUGCUGUCCACUGUAUGUAGAUAUAUGUUGAAAGAAACCGUAUAGAUAAAAAGAUGUUAGAAACAUGUUUGGAGUGAUGAGAAAACAUUACAAACAUGUUCAUUGCAAAUUACUUGAUUGAAAAAAUGAGUGGAAUACAAACUUUCAGUAUUUGUAAAUACACUGUACAAAAUGUACUGUACCUACAAAAGAUGAUUUCGAAAACUCCUGUGUCUUCCCAAAAAAUUGUGGCAUUUCAUGAUAAUGUGUGGUUGGCUAUUUUAGUGAGCAUAAAAUUUAGCAUUCAAAGUUAUCAACUAUACAGUAUUUCAUAGUUACCUCAUUUCUUGGCAUUCAAAUGAUUUCUAUAAAUUCUACAUCAAAUGAAGCCUUUGGGCAAGUGAUUUGUUCGUGAUAUUAUCAUUAUGCCAGUUUGAUUUCAUUGCUUCAGUAGCUAAUCAACUUGGCUGUCAUUCAUUUUCAUUUUGGAAGACAUUUUUUAUGACUAUCUGGAAUUUUCGAAGACAUCUGUGGUAAUGUUUUCUGUACUGAGUGAAUGAAUCAUAAAUAUAUAUUGUUCUUGUGUACCAAUAUGUGUUUCUUGGAAUUAAAAAAUGGACAAUGAAUCCCA